CUUGUUAGCCAUUGCCGUGACGUCACGAUCAACACUCGCUGUGUUUUCUCUGCCAUUAGAGAAAAAUUAUGUUCUACAAAAUCGCAAAAUGUCAAGGCUUCUCGUUUCUUGAUCUCUACUAGAUUAAUCAAAAACGAAAUGUCUGACUCUGAGGACGAAUCUUCACCAGAUCAUCAGUUGAAGUUUGUUCUUAUCGGCGAUGGUGCAUCGGGGAAAACGUCGAUAUGUAUUCGGUACACUCAAGAAAACUUCGAAAAAACCUACAAACAAACUUUGGGACUUGAUUUUUUCCUCAAACGAAUUGUUAUGCCAGGGAAUGUAAAUGUAACGAUACAAGUUUGGGAUAUCGGGGGACAAACGCUUGGUGGACAAAUGAUAGAUAAAUAUAUCUAUGGCGCUAAUGCUGUUCUGCUUGUUUAUGAUAUCACCAAUCAGAGUAGUUUUGAUAACUUAGAAGACUGGUAUGAGACUGCRAAGUCUGUUUGUGAAAAAAAUGGCUCAAAAAUGCCUCACAUGGCUUUGAUAGCMAAUAAGAUGGACUUGGAGCACAUGCGCGUAGUCAAACCAGAUAGACACAGUAGGUUUGCCCAAGAACAUGGACUUUCAAGUCAUUUUUUAUCAGCAAAAACUUCAGAUCAGGUAAAUUUGUGUUUUCAAAAGAUUGUAGCAGAGGUUCUCGGUAUCAGACUAACCAAAAAUGAAAUGGAGCAACAAUCUAAAGUGCUUAAAGCUGAAGUCAUACAGUACAACAACCAYGAGGUGCCAUCAAGGGCUGCUCCUGUACAGAACAAGAGUUCUUUUUGCUCAAUACAAUAGCACUGACUUCAGUUCCUAUGUACAUAUUAGAUGACAUUAUUGAUAGUUAUUGAAAUAAUAUUUUUUUCUUUAAAAACAUGUCCUGUCUUCUACAUUUCUUGUUAUAAAUCCCAAUAUAACAAGAUGGCAAGAUAACAGGACCCUUGCAAUAACAGUGUUAUCAUAUUUGUAACAUACAAUCCUCAUGCAGUUUUUGUCAAGGUUUGUUUUGUUUUGUUUAGCCUGGCUUCCAAAUACUGUCUCAUACUGUUCUCAAGCCACACCCUCUUCUCUGRGUUACUGAACUGACAAGGCCUUCAGCAUAGCUCUUGUUCCCCAGUAUGRCAGAUGGCUAAAAAAAUCUUGACAUUUCAUUUCAUGGUGUACAAUAAUUUAUAACAUACAUGUGCAGUACCCCUUUUGUUAUUCAUUAUGCACGUUCAAUCCUCAUCCAUUUAAAAUGCCCUGUCUUUGAGCAGAGUGCACUGGCUCUUCCAGGAAUUAACACCUAAACCCCUUAUUUUCACGGACACGGGGGCUCGGGGAGCUUUAGCCCCUCCACUUUUUUUAGAAUUACAUAUUCUAUUUUUGUCAAAUUUUUGGGUGUACAGGGGAAUGGACUACAGCCCCCCCCCCCCUUAAAGCCUGUUUCAUCGUCCCUGAAUAUUUGAAUUUGGACUGGAUCUUCUACAGUGUGUUUGUGUGAGAAUGAUUUACCCUUAAAAAGAAGCAAAAUGACAUUUCCUGAAAUGAGGGGUUUUAGAUUUAGUUGAAAGAAGAUUUUACUAUUUGUAAAAUUGCAAGCCUUGUUAUCRUAAUGGAUCAAUGAAAAUUUAAGAAGUAUUAUAAUUAUUAUGCGUUCA